AUGAAGCCGACUGUGUAUCAAUUUGUUCUUUUAGUUUGUAUUUUAGAAAAGAAAAUCGAGUGUGUAUCAAGUUGUGGAUCGGGACAAUAUUAUAGCGACGAUAUACCGGGUUGUGUUGGCUGUCCAGCGAAUUGUGACGAUCAGUAUGCCCGUGAUAUUGAGAGAUGUAAGGAAGCCUGUGGUAGGUGUCACCUUUGAAUCGUCAAAUAAUGACUGAAUAAAGAGUGAUUAUUUAGUAAAUAUUUUUGUUUAAAUUUAUAACCAUUUAAUACAUCGGAGCCCGGUCAUAAUAGAUUUGGCCGUGCUUACGGGGUGUUAUUAAUAUUAUAAGAAUAUUUACUAUAUUUGCGUGGCCAAAAAUAGGGGACCGUAAAGUGGGGCUCCCUAGGUUUUAAUGCGAGAUGAAUUAACACCACAGAGUAUCAUGUGAAGUUCCAUGAGAUUUAACCAUGUUGGCAUGUUCUAUGAGAGUGGCUUUCAGUCUCAGAUCCCGAGUCGGGAUCCGCGUUGGUCUGAGACUGAAAGCCACAAAUUUAGGGUCUGUGUGAGGGAAGAGUUUCCAGGAAGGGGCACAUCAAGAGGUAGUGACUAAAUAGAUUGGAAAAUGAUGAUAAAACAAUGAAAAUAUGAGAUUGAUUUGAGAGAAGGCUUUAGUCUGAGCUAUUAUCUGAGUUGUUUGUGAGCACUUUCUAGGGGGGCUAAAACUAUUUCUUUAAAAAUAAUCUCGGGGGCGGCAUAACUAAGGCCACGGUCAAACGUCGAACUUUUCAUGUGCCGAACCUAAUGAAGUGAAACAAAGAACUUUAUAGCUCAUUAUCCCACAUGAAAAGUUCGACGUUUGACCCUGGCCCAAAUCUACAUUCAUUUGGAACAUGUAACAAAUGAAGUGAAUAGAUGGUUUCAUUCUUUUGAAGACAACUUGGUCGCCUAAAUAAAACUAGUAGAGACUCGAUACUAGUAAUGUUUAGAUACAUUAAACAAAAAAAAGUGAAUACAUAAAUGUCUUGCAUUCAUUUGGACUAAUUAUCGCCUACUACUGAAUAUAUAUUGAUUAGAUACACUUUCAGGACUUCCCUUCUUUUGCCGGACUAAUUUAUCUCCUCCACUAUAGAAACUUUGUCAACUAGCGUAGGCCUAUAGCAAUUCCCAUUUUUAAUUUAAGUACACAGAAGGAAACAUUCCGCUUUCAUUCAUUUUGAGAAGUAAUUUAUAACAUCACUAGACGGCCCAUAAAGAUCUUUAACCUGUUUGACGUAAAACGCAAUCAUGUUAUGACGUGUAGGGCGGUGGGAAUGUUUCGUGUUUCCGCAUUCAAAAUGAUACGUAAAUUGUUGACAUUUUUUUAACGAUUUGAUGAUUAUAUUGUCAGUUUUCUCUUUGAGAAUGUACAGUAUAUGGCAUUAAAAUUUUCUGUUCUGUACAUUAAUUUUAAGUGAUUUUUAAUUAGAGUUAAAUCGUAUUCGCGCGUCAUUAUUUCAAUGUCUCGUUCUUUCAAAAACCUCACUGUGUGGCUACGUAGCCUGAAAAUUAUAGCCGCUAUAAGGGCGCUUUCCAUUUAAUGGCCUGACCGGUCAGACCGGCGAAUUGUUGUCUCUAUAUCAAUGGAAAGAUCUGGUCUAUGUUUUUCAAAAAUCUAGCGAAAAUGGACCUCAUUCUCAAUUUGACCGUUCUGACAGUCUGGCCGUGUUAAUGGAAAGCGCCCUAAGAGUAGAGCUACAUUACAAACUGUCCUCAAAAAUGAAAGGGGAUUCUGUCAUUCCUUAAAACUUUUACCGUUACCACGCAAUGGCUCGCAAACUAAUACAUGGUUUCAUUUUCUCCUUUUAAAAUUAACUUAGAGAAGAAAACCACUAGUACUCCGCGUCAGAUAAAGACUAAAGUUCCAAAGAGUACAUCAAAGCCGCAGUUCACUUCGACUCCAUCAUUGUUCAAAAUACCAUCGACUACAAAGCAUUUCAAAACCACUGUGGCGGAGAAGUUUAUAACACCGAACAAAACUCAACCAUUCAAAAACACGAGCCUCUCAGCUGACUCCGAAUUUUCAGAAAAGGCGAGUUCCACAGUUAAUUCCGUACACUUAGGAUUAGCUGUAAGUCUUGGCGUUUCGGCAACAUUUAUGGUGUGUUUAGUUUUGUUGGUUGCGUACAUGUGGCGGUGUUCAAGGAAAUCUGGUGUAGAGUCACACGACAACGUGGCGGAAAUUGAAAGUGGUAUUAUAUUAUCCUCAACACCAAGUCAAGAGCCAAGUCCCGUAACAAUUAAGCGUUCACACAGGUGAGAUCACAAAUAUUUUUACUAACCUUCUCCUCCAGAGGAAUCCCCUGGCCCAGGCUACCUCUUACCAUUACCUCCAACCAUUAUUUCCAACAGUCGAUUGAAUCUUUAAUAUUAAUAUGCUUUUCUUAAGUUUAUCAUUGAUUUAUCUUCCUCUGAUGGACUUGAACGAGUGGAUGAGUAGUAUGAGUUAUGAAUGCGUAGAUGAGAGUACUUAGGGUUAUAUCUUCAUGUUUCGCGCACUGAAUAUAGUUAGAAAAGGGACUGGGAUUGAGCUGAAGAUUAAAAAGAAAUAUACUCUUACGCAAAACAUAAGGACGUUACCAUACAUUAGUCGUAACUCAUCCAAUGUAAAAUCCAAACGAGAAGAGUUUGUGGGACUCAUGUGUCAGACAUUGCUAGUCAUUGCACACGAAUGGUCAUAAAAACGCUUUCUGGUUUAAUACACUGUAUAUUUUCCUUCAUUUUAGUGAACAAAAUAGCAGUAUUGAGGAGAUAGAUGGCAGUCCAGAAACGAAAAACCUUAUUAUUUCAGUACCAGAGGAUAAUUACAUGUCAUCUUUACAUCUGGAAGAAAAUGAAAAUUAA